CGAUAGAAAGCGUUGCGAACCUCGCUCGCAGGCCAACGUGCAAAGAGACUGCGGCCGAUUAGUCUGUAGCUGGAGAGCAAAAGCAUGUGAAGUGGGUUGACCUGCCGCGUGUGUUUUUUCGACCAACAAUAAAAAUUAUUCAACGCAAAUAGGAUACGACGUCUUUCAACGAUGGCCAAAACCGAAAUCACCGUCAUAGACAGGAAUGAAAGUGACGGAAAUUCGUCGGACGCGACCAACAACAACAAUAACAACAACGAUGACGUUUCCGCGAGUCAAAAAAAGCGCUCGACCAAAUUUGUGGACGUCGACGCUUUUCUCGAAGAGGCCGCCCAAGCUCCUGCAGACUGCGGAUCGCCCAUGGAACUUCCGCCUUGGUUCGAUUUGGAAAAAUUCAAAAGGGGACAAGAAUUCAUGCGGCGCAACAUUUUUACAUUUUUGUACUCGAAACUGUCCGGUCUGAUGUGUCUUCUCGCCGUGCCAAGUAUUCUUAGGGUGUUGAGUUGCACGUCCCAGUCCAGCGAGCCGUGCUCGGCGUUCAACAGGUACUUUUCCACCCUCAGCCACAUGAUGGAGUGGUACGACGGCGACCUCCUCGAACCAGGAUCAAAGGCGUAUCAGUCGUUAAAAUUAAUUCGGAGCAGACACUCGGCGGCGGCCAAACGGUCUCGCAAACUCGGACUAAUGUCGCAAUUCGACAUGAUCGUCACGCAGUUCGGUUUUAUAGGCUUCGCCAUUCUGCAUCCCAAAUUUUUUGCGCUGCACCGCGAAAAACAAGAGGCGUGGGAAGGAAUCGCACAUUUUUGGAGAACCGUUGGCUACUUGCUCGGAAUCGAAGACAGAUUUAAUUUGUGCACGGGCAGCCUCGAAGAAACAAAAUCGCUGUGUCUGGCCAUCGAGGAAAAGGUGGUCGCCCCCGGACUGAGAAACCCUCCGUCCCAUUUCGAGCCGAUGGCCACGGCCCUGAUCACCGGGAUGCAGUGCUUGAUCCCUUCGCUCGACUUCCACAUGAUGAUGGCCGUGAUCAUGGAGGACUUCCUUGGCUCAACGUACGAGCAGAAAAUGUCGCUGCGUUCCAAGUGCGGUGUGCUCGAGGUGCGCCUCGUCUUCUACCAGCUUCUGGCCCGCCAGUGGCUCGCAACCGUGUUCCGACCAUUUUUCAACGGACUCGUCCGACUGGCCCUGUUCAUUGCGGCGCGCUUCCCUUUCAUCGCUUACUGGCGCUACGGCAAAAAAAGCGUCCACUUCCACUGACCCAGAAAUGCAAUCAGAGAGAAUUCGGAUUAUGAAUAAUGUAUUUAUUUAAAAAAAAUAACAUAAUCGAGCUGUGAAUAAAACGAGCUUAUAAACCAAUCAACUUGUAAGGAAAAUAAAUAUUUUUUUACACUUGA